GCUUUUCCUUCCGCCUCUCGGAGGAACCCGGAAGUCCGUUUCCGUGGCAACGUAAUUGAGGCCUACUGGUCCCUCUGAAGCCUAACUCCGGCUUAGAAAGAUGGAAAAAGAGCCUGGGGCCCCCUACUACAGGUGUAUUGAGUGCAACGGGGAGGCGACUGAGCUGUACAAGGACUACCAGCGCGGGGUGCUGCGGCUCUCCAUCUGCAAAUCCUGUCAGAAACCAGUGGACAAAUAUAUAGAAUAUGAUCCUGUUAUCAUCUUAAUUAAUGCAAUCUUAUGCAAAGCACAGGCUUACAGGCAUAUUUUAUUCAAUAUAGAGAUAAAUAUUCAUAGCAAGCUCUGCAUAUUCUGUUUGCUCUGUGAAGCUUAUCUCAGGUGGUUGCAGCUACAGGAUUCAAGCCAAAGUCCUGAUCCUGAUGAUUUUAUUAGAUAUGCCAAAGAAUGGGAUUUUUAUCGAAUGUUUGCAAUAGCAUCUAUGGAACAAGCUGCCUUUUUGAUUGGCAUCUUCAGUACUUUGUGGUUAGCAAAACCAAUAGCUCUGAGAACCAAAGAAAAUUUCAUCUUUCUUUUGAAAGCAUUGCUGUUAUCUAGCUAUGGAAAACUUCUACUGAUUCCAGCUGUUAUUUGGGAGCAUGACUAUACUCAUUUAUGCCUCAAGCUCAUUAAAGUUUUCGUCUUGACAUCAAACUCUCAAGCAAUUAGAGUUACCUUGAACACAAGCCGAAAACUUUGUCUGGUGGCCAUCGUGAAUGGAUUAAUUUUGGAAAAUGGCAUCAUCCAUUUGUUCCAGAGGAUAGGAUGGAAUGUUUGAAACACUAUUGUAUUUUGAUAAUGGUGAAAAUGUUUGAAAUUGCACAGAAAAAACUGCCUUACAAGUUACUUGUACCUACUAAUAAGACUUUUCAGGAGAUAGUAAUAUGAAAAAAAUUUGAAAACAACCCAGGAAAUUUAGAUAUGAUGCACUGAUAUUUAAGUUUUAUAACAUAUUUGAGUAAUCUUAAUUUGUUAAAAAGAUCUUAGAGUGGUGCUAAUGGUGGCCAUGAUUGCUAAGAACCAGUCAGUUAUGGCCCAUUUUCAUACAGUACUUUACAUUAAAAGGGGGGAAAAAGAAAUUUGAUUAACUGUCUCAUGGUGAAAAAGGAAGAAAUUUGUUUACUGAGAAGGGAGCACAAAAUGUUAUCCUAUUAAAACAGUAAAACAUCAUUAAAACAUAAUGAUGUCAAUGGCA